GUGAAUCAGUAUGGAAGAAAAUGAUCACGGCAACAGAGAUGUGGUGGAGCGGCAGGAGUCGGCGGAUGAAUCCAACAGAGCCAUCCUUCCCCUCUUACAGGCUCCGGGGAACCUGCAGAUCCCUCACCGGGUCACCAAUUUUUUCAUCGACAACAUCUUGCGGCCGGAUUUCGGCCGGAAAAAGGACGGGAGCGCAAACCGCGAAGAGAGCAGCCGUGCGUCGCGGGAGAGCCACAGCAGCCCCGCCGCGCCUCAGACCGAGCCGGUGGGCAGCACGGUGCCGGCAGAGGGGACCUCCACCCCGCACACGGUCACCGGGGCCAAGAAGCCCGCGAUAGCCGCCGAGGAGCCCCUGAAACCCCGAAGAGAGAAUGGAGACCAGUGCCUAAGCUCAGACUCUGACAGUUCCCAAGCCAGCUCAAACCCAGCGUCAUCUCAGCCCAUGCUGUGGCCAGCCUGGGUCUACUGCACCAGAUACUCGGACAGGCCUUCUUCAGGGCCGAGAUCUCGCAAACCAAAGAAGAAAACGACCAGCAAAGAGGAUAAGCGACCACGGACGGCCUUCACAGCAGAACAGCUGCAAAGACUAAAAUCGGAGUUUCAGACAAAUCGGUACCUGACGGAGCAGAGGCGGCAGAACCUGGCGCAGGAACUGGGCCUGAACGAAUCCCAGAUCAAGAUCUGGUUUCAGAACAAGAGGGCCAAAAUCAAGAAGGCCAGCGGCACUAAAAACACUCUGGCCUUGCACCUGAUGGCACAGGGACUGUACAAUCACGCCACCGUGUCGUCGAAAGACGAAAAAUCAGACAGCGAUUGA